GCUGCCUUCCUCAUUCCUAUGAUAAUUGUGUCAACACGAAAAUUUGCUGCUUUGAAUGCACUUGGAAGUGUGCUUCUGUUGUUGAGUUUCGCCUUUCUAUGGGGACCAUCAGCUUACCUGCAGCAUUUGUUGUCUCCGCAACGACGUCUGGUUACAGUGUGCUAUAUGUCAGCCCUGUUUGCCACCCUCUACUCUUCACUAUGG